AUGGCGAAUGAUAAUGGUGAGGAAUCGAGUGAUACUGGUAGAAAUCCUAAUGGUAUUGGGAUUGAAAAUGCCAACUCUUCCUUGUACAUGCAUCCCUCUGAUAAUUCAGGUGCAACAUUGGUACCAAUUCCUUUUGAUGGAACAGGAUUUAGGUCGUGGAAGAGAGGUGUUUACAGAGCCCUCUCAGUAAAGAAUAAAUUCGGUUUUGUUAAUAGAGAGUGCAAGAGGCCAGAUCUGGAGACGCCUCAAUAUCAUCAAUGGGAAAGGUGUGAUAACAUAGUUACCUCUUGGAUUCUGAACUCGCUUGUUAAGGAAAUUGCAGAUAGUGUGGAGUAUGUGAAUGAUUCGUUCGAAUUAUGGAGAGAAUUGGAAGAUCGAUAUGAUCAAACAAAUGGAGCAAAACUCUACCAGAUCCAAAGGGAGAUAAAUGAUUUGUCUCAAGGAACAUUAGAUAUCACAACGUACUAUACUAGGAUGAAGAGAUUGUGGGAGGAAUUAAGCACUCUACAUGUUAAAACUCAGUGUAAAUGCAACUGCAGUUGUGGAGCAAAUGAGAGUGUUUUCAGAGCAGAACAAGAGAGAAGAUUAAUUCAAUUCUUUAUAGGACUGAACGAGACUUAUACUGCAGUUCGAGGAAACAUCCUUAUGAUGAACCUGCUACCAUCACUUGCACAAACCUUUUCACUGUUAGUGCGGGAUGAAAAAUAG